AGAGGUCCUAACUGCCCAGCCCAGAAAAUGCAAGCCAACCCUAUCCGCAUUCCAACCGUUAGCAAUGACAUCGACUGGGACUUCUGCUUCCACCUGUCACAGCAAACCAGGAACCCCGCACAGUGUACAGAUGAUUUGUUUGUUGCUUGUCAGUGUAAAGAGACUGAAGAAGACACUAAGGUCCAGAAAGAAGGCGUGACUGCUGAUUGUAUGUCUUUUCCGAAACAGAAGCUGGCUCAGUCCCAGAGGAAAUAUGAUCAGCUCAUUAAGGAAAAAAUGAAUAUCAAAGCAAACAAGGAGCUGAUUCGGUGUUUCAUCCUUUCUCGGAUUAUUUUUGGGACAGAACACUGGAAGUGUGCUCAGGCUUUAGCCAACCUGGCUUAUGGUUACCUGACUCUGAGAGGCCUCCCAUCUCAGGCCAAGAAACACGCUGAGUCAGCCAGGGGCACGCUGCUGACCUGGAAGCGAAACAUAACCCCAGACAAGGAGAAAAAGGAAAUUCUGGGAGCUCUGGUCAUGCUCUACUAUACUCUGGGGAUCGCCUGGCUCCUGCAAAACCGAGGCAAACAGGCUUAUAUCCACCUGCAGAAAGCGGACAGAAACAUGAAGGAACUGAAAGAGUUAAACAAUGGAGGCAUUGGUGGAAGCCAAAUCUCAGAGAAAGACCUAACCAUUGCUUUGGGCAGAGCCUCCUUGGCCAUGCACAGGAUGAGCCUAGCUCUGGCAUACUUUGAAAAAGCCAUUGGCAAUGUCAUCACUGCCAAGGGUCAUGGCACAUCUGAUCUGAUUAGUCUGUAUGAAGAAGUCGCUCAGAUUGAGCAGCUGAGGAAGAACCAUGAGCAGGCCAUCCAGUAUUUGCAGCAGGCCUAUUCUAUCUGUGUUUCUUCAUUUUCUGAAGUCAGCCCCCAGACUGCCGAGGCGAGUGCUUUACUGGCUAAAGCUUAUGCCAUGUCCGGGGAAUCCCAGCACAGGGAUGCCGUUGAGAUAUAUUUCAUAAGGAGUAUUAGUGCAUAUCAGAUACUGGGCUCUGACGACUCUGAGAGUCUCACCACCAUUGAAGACUUUUGUACAUGGCUCCUCCAAAAUGGCGAAAAUCAUGAGGCUUACAGACUGCUAAUGUGUACACUGAAUUCUGGCAUCUAUGGUGUCUGUGGUGAAAAAGUAGCCGAGACCUUUUAUAAUAUGGGCAGCAUCUGUUUUGCCAAAGGAGAGCUCAGAAAGGCGAUUCGGCUGCUAAGGAAGUGUCUGAUGGUUCAAAUUCUUGUCUAUGGAAGUGAGCACAUCAAGAGCAGAGAGACUAAAAGCCUCCUUACCCUAUUGCAGAGGGCAAGUUCAUCUAGAUGGAAAAGAGAAGCCGCUGCUGGAAAAAAGAGAAGUGUAUGCAGAGACAGAGUGGAAUGA